AUGGCUUCGGGAUCAGGCCCGCAGGUGGACAUUAUGAACGACCCCGCCUAUAAUUCACCUUCGGCUUCCGGUUCGAACGACAAUGGCGAACCGGAUCAUUGUCGGAUUUGUCGCUCUGAGGGGUCGAGGGAGGAGCCUUUGUUUCAUCCCUGCAAGUGUAGCGGCUCCAUCAAAUUCGUUCACCAGGACUGUUUAUUGGAGUGGUUGCAACAUUCCCAGAAGAAACAUUGCGAGCUCUGCAAGACUCCUUUUCAUUUUACAAAGCUCUACCACCCUCAUAUGCCAACUACUAUUCCGACACCGCUGUUCCUAGAUAAGUUACUUAGGCAUCUUCUCAGAAAUCUCCUUUUGUGGGCAAGAGCACUAUUGGUUGGCUGCGUGUGGCUGGGCGGAUUACCAUAUUGUGUUAGGUGGAUGUGGAGGAUGUGGUUCUGGUUGAGCGAUGGUGGAUGGUGGGCGGAUCAAGCAUACAAUCGUGCGAGGACGGCUUUGCCAACUACAACCCCCCUCACAAAUUCGCAUGGGACACCUCCGGCUUCAAGUGCAGUUAUGAAUUUAACGGGUUCGGCUUUUGGCAGUGGUAUCAUAGGGUUUCUUAGAUCUCCUUUGUUGUCUGGGCUGGUGAUGAGCCCGGUCAAUGGGGGCAAGGUAACAGCCAACGCCACCACUGCCAUCAAUGCUACUGCUUCUAAUGCAACCAUCUCCAUUGGGGCUCGGCUCGGAGGACUGUUUAUCGAUCCAAGUCCGUUCCACAACUUUACUCGAUAUCCUGCUGUAAACGGAGUUAUUGUGGAUAUCUUCGAGGGUCAACUAUUGACGGCACUAAUAGUCAUAUCAUUCAUCCUGAUCUUUCUGAUUCGUGAAUGGGUCGUCCAGCAGCAACCUGGGUUAGGGGGCGCUGUAGCGCUACAGCAGUUGGAUGAGCUUCAAGCACCUCAGGUUGAGAAUAUUCAAUUGCCUGAAAUGAACCCACCACCACAAGAUCGCAUUGCGGGUGAGCAUGAAAUAGCACCUGAGCAAUUUAGAGGUGGUGCUCUGCCGGGCCGGGCCGGCAGGGAGCCUCCCAGAGCUAUUGCCCGCCCAAGGAGACCAAGACACUUUCCCGAGGCUGCACCUGUAGCUAACGCAGGAGUGGAUCCUGUUCGAGAUCGGCCCGCUCAGAAAAAUUAUGGUCAGGGUUAUCUUUUGGGUGGCGGAAGUUCCGAACCGGCUACUCCUAGGUUGGGGGACUUGGGAGAGAGCUCGAGGCGCCCUCGAGUGAACCGUAAAGCGAUGUCACAGCCUACAGAGAUUCGGAGAGCAAUGGAGGAGAGGACUGAGGCUCCUGAUGGCAGCUCCCGAGGCCUUGGUACAUUGGCUACUUGCAAAAUUGAGUUUCCAUCUGUCGGCCGCGAUAAAACUCCGUCCCCUGUAUACACCCCCGAGAGUGGUAACUCUAGUGGGAGUCGAACCCCGGCAAGAUUCGGUAGAACACCAUCACCUGUCGGUUUUAAUAGAAGCAAUAUUGAUGUGGGAGCUCCUAUGGGCAGGGGGGGGCCUUUGCAUAACUUUUCUGGCAAUAAGUCACCCAAAAUUGCUGCCGUCCGCGAGAGUCCAGGUUCGGCUCCCGUGGAGGGCCAAAUCGAUAAAGGGAAACGACCCGAGUCACCUUUUUAUGAGAAUUCAACCGAUAAUGAAGAUCAGUGGGAAGAUGAGGAAGAGGAGGAUGACAUGGUCGAUCCUAAGGGGAAGGGGAAAGAGAUCGAGAGACCAUCUGCCCAUGUUGAUCUUUCCUCCUAUUACGGAUCGCCUGCGACGGGUUCUUUCGAUUUUGCAAUGGCGGGUCGCCACAAUUUUACGUUCGAGCCAAGGUCGGAUCUUAUCAAGGUUAGGGUUCCAACACCUGAUGCCAUUCAAUACUCACCGCCGUCGAUUUCCCUCCCCUCGACUCCAACAACUGGCGGUUCUUUACCAGAUCAUUCUAGCUUAACCAGCCGUGCGGGUGAUGAAUCGGCUCGUAUUGGGCUAUGGGAGGGUAUCUCCCAGGAUUAUGAUGAGGCGGAGGGCAUGUCCAACCCAGAUGCUCAGAACGCUGGACAUGAGGUCGGGGAGCAUAUUACAGCUGGGUCACUUGAAGCGCAAGGUCUAGAGGUUGACGCUAUCCGGGCUCCAGUACCUGCCCAAGCGCCUAUCCCACGUCAGCCACAUCAGCCGUUUGUUUGGAACAGGGAUGAAGUCGUUGCGCGAGAAGUUGCGCAAGGGAGAGCAGAGGGCGACACUGGGACCGAGGAUGGCGCCGACGAUGGUACUGAUGCCGAAGAUAACGAAGUCGCUGAUGGGCCUGGUAUUGAAUUGCCCCCGGAUGCUCAGCAAGCGAUAGCUGACGAAGAUGCUGCCGAUGAUUUUGAUGGUAUCAUGGAGUUGAUCGGGAUGAGAGGACCACUGGCUGGAUUGCUCCAGAAUGCAGCCAUUAGUGUUGUGUUGAUAACAGCUACUGUAGCACUUGGUGUUGCCGUCCCGUAUGUCAUGGGAAAAAUCGUUAUGAUAAUUCUGGCAAACCCUAUCUUUUUCCUCAUCAAGGUUCCCACCACUGUAGUCUCUUUCGUCGCAGAAUUUGCCGUCGAAUUUUCAACAUGUCUUGUCUUUUCGCUCUUAUUGGUUGUGGAGCAGAUCAUGCGCUUCCUGUUCAGGCCGAUUGAACGUGUUGUUCCUGUGUUCUCAGGGGUUUCCUCGUGCUUGUUCUUAUCCGACAUCCUUAGGCGGUUAGCCCUAGACGGCCAGGGCAGGGUAACACAGAAAAUGGCUAAUCUCAAGUCGAUCUAUAUCGACUUGAGAACGUUUCCGUCAACCGGUGCCCCGCCGGUGUCUGCUUUAACCCGGCAGGGAUGGCUGAGAGCCUCACUUGGAGUUAGUUGGGCAAUAGAGAAAUUAGGAUUUGGAACUAAUCGGACAUACCCACUUUCGUUUCUCCAAGACAGUGGUGCCAACAACUCAACACCGGUUGCAUUGUUCAGUUCUGGCUUUUCAAAAGUUAUUGCCGCUCUUUUUCAAACUCCACAAAAUACUACAAACACUACUGCCCAGGAUACCUCUCUCGAUAGUCUCCCUCCGCUACAUCCCGUGUACAUUUGGAGCGUAUGGGAUCGAGUCACUGCAGUAUUUAUUGGGUAUGCGCUUUUCACCAUCGUUGGAAUGCUCUAUCUUCAAAACGCUAGGAAGAGAGGUCUUGCUCUAAAUGGUAGAGUGGUGGAAAAGAUUGCUGUUGAGUUACUGUUGCAGGCUGGAGGAGUGAUGAAGGUAGUGCUGAUCAUAGGAAUUGAGAUGCUUGUAUUUCCUCUCUACUGCGGGUUGCUGCUUGAUUUCGCGCUCUUACCUUUGUUCGAGGAAGCCACGAUCCUCUCACGGAUCCAAUUUUUUGCCGACUUUCCCUUGACAAGCGUCUUUGUGCACUGGUUUGUUGGGACAUGUUAUAUGUUCCAUUUUGCUCUCUUUGUAUCAAUGUGCCGGAAGAUUAUGAGAUCGGGUGUGCUCUAUUUCAUCAGAGAUCCCGAUGACCCAAACUUUCACCCGGUAAAGGACGUACUUGAUAGGCCUGUCAUGAUGCAACUGCGAAAAAUAGCGUUCAGUGCGCUUAUUUAUGGCGUUCUGGUAAUUGUUUGCUUGGGAGGGGUAGUCUGGUCUUUAUAUCUGGUCACUGAAUCUGCGCUUCCCAUCCAUUGGUCGUCUAAUGAGCCUGUACUCGAAUUCCCCGUGGAUUUGUUGUUCUACAACUUCUUUGUGCCUUUCGCGGUCCAGUUUGUCAAGCCAUCGGACGGGCUACAGAAGAUGUACGGAUGGUGGUUUAGGAGGUGUGCCCGCUUCCUGAGGUUGACCAGCUUUAUGUUUGGGGACAGGACGCCGGAUGAGGAGGGGCACCAUGUUCGGCAAGGCUGGGCUGCUCGUCUGUUGCGCAAAAAUGGAGAUGUCAACCACCCGAUAAUCGAAGCAGAUGCCCUGAAGGAAACUAGGGGAGCUGGUGUGGAGGUUUAUUUUCAAAGAGACGGGAGAUAUGUCAGAGCACCGGCAUCGGAUUCUGUACGAAGGCCCAAGGGGAGAAGGGUCUUCAUUCCUGUGACCGAGGAUAAUGUUCGCCUUGAUGAAGAGGACCCUGUUGAUUUAGCAAAUGGCCUAAAUCCUUCUGAUUUUAAACUUGUCUAUCUCCCGCCUUGGUUCAAGACACGAAUCGGGCUCCUUGUCUUGGCCAUUUGGGGGUUUGCCGCUUUUACAGGCAUUGGAGUAACCAUCGGCCCGCUGCUUCUUGGGAGGACCGUACUGAAGCAACUAGUGCCCCCGAACAUUAAACUGAAUGAUAUUUACGCUUUUAGUGUCGGGAUUUACAUUAUUGGAGCCUUUGUAUAUGCUGGGGCGAAAUGGAAAUUGGCAAGGAGCUUCAUCAGGAGGGGAAUGCGUGCUGCAAGGGAAAGCGAGAGCCUCUGGUGGGCAAUGAGCAAAUGGCUUGUGCGCGUUGCCAAAAUCUCAUAUGUCCUUACAGCAUUCGGCGUUGUACUCCCUACGUUAUUGGCGCUGAUGAUAGAGUUCUAUGUUAUCAUUCCCAUCCACACCUACUUCUCUAACGAUGACCAACACGUAAUCCACUUUAUCCAAGACUGGACGCUUGGGGUUCUCUACAUCAAGAUGAUGGGUCGAAUGCUCUUAGUGGAUAGAGAUAGUGCCUGGGCGCGGUCUUUGCGGGAUGUGGUCGCACGCGGUUAUCUAGACCCGGACGUCAAACUUGCGACCAAACAUUUUAUCGCUCCUGCCGGCGGCUUUAUGCUCGUGGCGUUACUACUCCCCCUAGGUCUUGGCUCCAUUGCAGCCAACACUUUCCUCAGAAACGCCCCCGCACGAAAGAUCAGCCAAAUAUACCGUUACAGUUACCCUGCGGUCUUUGCAAUCUUCUUCCUCGUCGGAUUAUGCUAUCUUUGGAAAAUCCUAGUGGACUCCUGGAAGCAGAGCAUUAUUGACGAGGUCUACCUUACCGGGGAACAGCUUCACAAUCACGGAGAAGACUCUCCGCCCACAGCUGCUGAGGUGCCUGCCACUGUUAGUUCGGCCACUACUCCCGCUGGCGCGCAAGUGUGAUAGGCAUGUAAUGCGGAUGCGGUUAUUUUCUUGCUCCUGUGUAACCGCAUCGUUCGGGUUCGCUCGGCUUGAAACGAAAUGAAAUUACCUAUUAAUUUCUUUUGUUGCUUAUUAUUUUUCUCCUGAGGCGGAAACUGUACAUGGUUCUAAUAGGGGCUAUUCCGGAGUUUUCUUCUUUUCUUUUCUUUACCUUUUAGCCAUUUCUCUUCGUUUCCUUCAGACUGGUUAAUCGCGCAUUUAGUGAGCGAUUGUAGACUACGGCGUAGUGUCGGUCGUGUACUCCAGAAUAAUACAAGUAGAUCGGGUGGGGCUAUCGUA